ACGCUUCUUAUUUACCACACUGUCGGAGAAGUCGUAAAGUAGGUGUAAACCAGUUUGUUGGUGACUGUUGAUAGGGAGAAGAAACUUAAAAGGUAGUUCUUAGUAACUGGAUUGGAUGUCAUACUUUAUGAGUUCAGCCUGCUGAAAUGAACAAGAACAAGCGAGCGCCAGGUCCGAAGGUAAAAGGGCAAGGAGCCGCAACAGCCAGACAGCUUGGCCUGUUGGUGGAUUUCUCUCCAGAUGGAGGGUUGAUAGGAAUAGGUGAUGAGGAUGAAGAUGAUGGGGCUUUGGAGGCGGAGCUGCUUGCUCUCACUGGAGAGAACUCUGGAGGAAGAGGAAGACCUAAGGGAAAAGCACCUUUGCCAAUGGAACAUAUUGAGAGAAUGGCUGCUUUAUGCAUGAAGGAUCUCGAUGAUGAGAAUCUUGAUGAUGAAGAUGUGGAAAAUGAUGCUGAACUAUUGGCAGAGCUUAAUGAUGUGCUUGAAUAUGACAAAACAGAGGAUUCCCUCCAUCCUCCAAAAUUACCACCAGCACAGGGCAGACUAAGUCCAACCCGUACACCACAGCUUAGUGCAGCCCCAUCACCAGCUGAUGGUCUGGAGUCUACUCUAGCAGAAAGGCUAGAGUCCUACAAGAUUGCUAUAUCAAAUGCCAAGCAAGCCGGAGAGAGUGCUAAAGUGCGAAGAUAUGAACGGGGCCUUAAGACUCUGGAAACCAUGUUGACAUGUGUUAAGAAAGGAAGAAAAAUUAAUGAAGAAGAAAUUCCACCUGCAGUGGCUACAGGCAAGAACACAGGCAUUUCAGAGGAUAUGUCCAGUACAGUGAGCCCCUUAUUACUGAAGGGGGAAAAACUAGUUCCUAUGGAACAACAAACAUCAACAUCAAACAAUGCGCAUACUGAUCAUCCCCCUGUUGUAGCCCCCCGACCAGUUCCACCACCUGUGCUGUUUCCCAAACCUGUGAUAACCUCUGUGGGGUCAAACACUCCAUCUCCUGUUACCCCACCUGAAAGAACUGUAGCUGGUCGUACAACAGCCCACCUUGAUCAUCCUUCACAAGUGGCACCCCACUCGGCACCACCUUCUGAACUGCAUCCCAAACCUCGUCCAUCAUCACUGUGUACAGGGACUCCCUCUUCUCUCGCCCAGCCUGUGGCACAGCUAACGCGACUUUCACCCAGCAAUCUGCAGCAAGCAACAGGCCCAAGAGCAGCUACCUCCUCCUCACCUUCUGGUAGUGUGAAUUCUGGCACUAAGGAGACUGUGUUAAACAGGCAACGAGAGUAUAAAGUCGCCGCAGUACAAGCUAAGCAGAAUGGGGACAUCGAGCUUGCCAAGUCAUAUUAUAGGACAGCAAAGAACCUGGAUUCCAUGGUUGAAGCAGUCGAACGUGGAGAGUCUCUUGACCUUCGUGACCUGCCCCCUGCUCCUGGCAUGUUACCAAAGGAGCCUUCUCGUCAGCUUCCUCAGCCAAUGAUGUCACCUGCUGCUGUUUCUCCAGUUACAACAGGUACUCCAGUUACUCCAUGUACUCCCACUCCCCCCAGAGAUCUCAUGGAAGCUUUGCAGCAGAGGAUGCUGAAGUACCAGUCUGCAGCAACAGAAGCGAAAAACACUGGUAAUGACAGGAAGGCCCGAAUGCAUGAACGCAUUGUCAAGCAAUAUCAAGAUGCCAUCCGUGCUCAUAAAGCAGGAAAACCAGUGCAGCUUUUAGAGCUCCCAGUUCCACCAGGUUUUCCACCACUCCAAGGUACUGAAGAUUCGGGUGGAGACCAAAGCAUUAUGGGUGUGUUGGAGACUGCUAUGAAACUUGCUAAUCAGGAAGAUGAUGGGGAUGAAGAUGAAGAGGAGAGAAAGGUAGCAGCACAUCCUGUUCCACAGAGAGCAGCUCCAGCCAUGCAGGUGAAAUCUGCUGCUCCUCAGACUGCAAGGACCGCUGCUUCAAAUACUGCUGCUGCUCCUGCCAAACAGGUGCCAAAAAGCAACACAAGGGCUCAACAACAACUAGACUUUUUAGAGAACCGGAAGAAACAAUUCCAGCAGGCUGCACUCCGUGCCAAACAGAAGAAUGAUAUUGAGGGGGCAAAGAUGUACCUUAUCCAGUCUCGUGGGUUAGAUCCUAUGAUUGAAGCAGCAAAGAAUGGAUUACCUGUAGACAUAACAAAGGUGCCGCCAGCCCCUGUGUAUGAGGAAGAUUUCCAGUUGCAGAACUCUCGUGGAGCACGCAUCUCUCCGAAGACAGCAGAGCAGUACAAUGAGCUCAUGGGAGUACUGAAGCAACAGCAUGAGAAAUGUCUUUCCUACUCACAGCAGUUUACCCAUCUUGGAAACGUGGCAGAAACCACGAAGUUUGAGAAGAUGGCAGAAGACUGCAAGAAGAGUAUUGAAGUUUUGAAAAUUGCACAUGCUAAGAGCUAUCCAUUGCCGAAGUAUCAUUAUGAGGAGAGGACAUUCAACACAGUGAAGAUCUUCCCUAAUUUGAGUAGCAAUGACAUGGUCCUCCACAUAGUGAAAGGCAUUAAUUUUCCUCCUCCCCCAGGUGGUUCUCCAAAUGAUUUGGAUGCUUGUGUUCGUUUCGAGUUUGCCUUCCCAAACACGGAAGAAGCCCAAAGGGACAAGACCAGUUCAUUCAAAGGCAGGAAUUCUCCAGAAUUCAAUGAGAAGUUCAAAUUGUCCAUUAAUCGUGGCCAUCGAGGAUUCAAGAGAGUUAUUCAGACCAAAGGCAUUAAGUUUGAACUUAUUCAAAAAGGGAACCUAUUCAAGUCUGAACGUGUUAUUGGAACAGCACAGCUGAAGCUGGAUGCUUUGGAAACAAAGUGUGAAAUCCGAGACAUUAUUGAGAUCCUAGAUGGUAGAAAGCCAACCGGAGGACGACUGGAAGUAACUGUGCGUAUUCGGGAGCCUCUUACUUCUCAGCAGUUAGAAACUGUGACAGAAAAGUGGCUGAUAGUUGAUCCCUUCUCCAUGCCACCAGUUGCUGUGCCCAAACCCAAGGAUCGAGGUAGUGAUAUGAAAGAUGUGGGCCCCAGCCAUGCUCCAGCUGUUUUGCAGAGCCUUGAAGUGCUAAGGUUUGACAAAAGUAGAAUAGAAAAGAGGAUUCAGGCGUUCAGAGAAGCUCAGCGGGAAGUUCCAGUUGAUCUGAUGAACCAAUAUCAAGAGAUUUCACAACAGAUCCAGUUGGAGAAAACACAGCUUGAGCGUGGAGACCCUGCCUUCAUGAAAGAGUAUUUUGUUCAGCUACAGAGAUUUCUGCAACAUUACACAGAAUCAGCAAAACGGAUGGGAGCCGAAGGCAGGCGGGAUGCAGCCAAAGAUGUUCUUCACAAACGCAAACUGGUAGAUGAAGAGCUUAAAAGAUUUAGAAGAUAACAUUUUUCACUAACGGGGUUUCCAGAAUGUUUUCCUCCGUCUCUGUUCAUGGCCAAGUGCUGUUUGAGAUGAAUCAUGUGGCCACAGAAUUGAUAACUGGUUUGGAUGCACUCUUCAUGGAACUUAGAUGGUUGAAUUAAAAAUCAGCCCAGAAUUUACACUGCCUUCAACCUGUGUUGGAAUCUUAGAAGGAAACUUCCACAACAUUUGUUCUGCAUUAUCUAAUUAUAACUGGUGUUUAACUUUGGAAGCUUGUGUUAGAUAAAGGGGGGAAUACUGCAAAAACAGUUGUUAAUCUUUUAUUUCAAAAUACGUGGUGACACAGUCGUGUAGAAGUUAGCAUUGUUGCCUCACAGCAAGAGGUUCUUCGGUUCGAUUCUCAACUGGGGUGCCUUCUGUGUGCAGCCUUCAUGUCCCGUCUGUGUUCACAUGGUUUUCCUCCAGGUGCUCCAGUUUCCUUCCACAUUCCAGAGACAUGUAGCUGGUGGACUGGGCACUCUAAAUUGCCCCUAGGUGUGUGUGUGUGUGUGUGUGUGUGUGUGUAGUACGGAUAAACUACCUUGGCAGGGCUAGCCAGCCCAUGGUGUAAACCUUUGCUGUAUAUGAUUGUAACUGUUGAAGUAAUACGCUGACCCCAUGUGCACAAAUAGGAAAAGGGGUUGACAGUGGAUGGAUGUAUUUUACUGUCCCACGUCUUUCUUCUGAUACGAGUCACUGGCACUUAAGCAGUACUUAUUGUCCUGCUGUUAAAGGGCAGGCUGGCAUAUUGGAAAUGUCUGUCCUAUGUAUGGCUCCACAGUUGAAACACCACAGCUUUAAUGAUUCUUUGUUCUGUUGUAGAGUUUUAAGCAGUUGUAUUGAACACUCCAGCACUUUGCCUUAGCUUGUUUGUAGGACUGCGCUUUGUGUUGUCAUUUAUUUAUUCUAUUUUGCUUUUACUUCUCACUGCCAAUUCUGUUACCUGUGUAAAUGAGUUAGGGAUUUACUAGUUUUAUUUCCAUGAAGACUAGAAGCAUUGCCAUGGUACCAUCUUGUGACAAUGCCAUUGAGCACAGAACCAGUGUAAGCAUAUGGCACAGGAGCCUGGGCACUGUCACCAAAGUGGUAUAAUCCGAACGCCGUCAGGAAGACUUUGUAAGUCGUGGUACUGAUGCUUUGUAAAUCUUCAAACACAAGUACCAUGCUAUAUUAGGAUGUAUAUAAUACUACCAGGCAUUAAUUACCAUUUUGUUUUUCUGGUUUCCUCCUCUGGUUAUCAUUCUAUCUGGAUUGCCUGAUGUUUGUCACACUUUCAUGUAACUAUAUUACAAAAUAAACUUCCUUUAUAGACUGUUCCAUUAGCACUACUGGCAUGUCCUUUUGAUGACCUGCCAGCAUAUUGAAUAGCACAUUCCAUUUUCCAGCAGUGCCAGAUGUUGUAUCACAUCUCUGUCUUUAUUUGAUCUCUCUUGUGACUCCAAGUCCCUUGUACAUAACUGUAUAGUUGCAGGAUUUGGUAGCCUGCCUAUCUGCUUCUAUUUGUGUUUGUCCCACUGAAUGCCUGAAAGAUGCACAUUACAUAAAAACACCAUUAUGUAACUAUAUAAUUUAAUAAUGUCUUGGUGUGCUGCACCAUUCUGGGCACAGCAUUGGUUGGAACUGACAAAGUGCCUUGCUUUGUUUCACCUCUCUGGUAACACAUUUAAUUUGCACAGUGCAUUACUAGUUACACUAUAGUUAUUGGGUGAGAGCAGUGAAUUCUGUCUGAUUGCAUUUUUAUGAUGCUUGUUUUACAUCAUUUUUAGUUGUGAUGCUAAGAAGACAGCCUUUCUGCCAGUUUGCCUGUAGUUUCACUCAGAAUGAGUAACACUAUAUUGGCAUCAUCAUUAUUCAAUGUACUCAACAAAAGUCUUCUGUUCACACAGAAUCACAUUCUAGGCCUUUCAUACCCAGCGUGGGUAACCUGCAGCUUUUAUAAUGCACAGCUAAUUGCUUUUAAUUUAUAGGAAUUUGUGUGGAUAGUUUGAAUUUUUUUUAUGUUGUUUUGCACACUGGCCUUAAGGUGGUGCUAAUGCUCAAAGAUGAACAUACACAGUCCUGAAGGCAUAGUGUUCCCACUUACAAGCAAACCAUAAUAUUAUGCAGCAUCUGUUAGCACCUUGUAAUCCGCCAGGGUCUAACAUCACAGAUGCAAAGUGUACAUAGUUUGUUCUUGUUAUAUCCCAGGUAACGAAUCCGAUAUCCUCCCCCAUAAAAAUCUAUCCAUAUACCUGAAACUGACAUUAAGUCAUAGUGAAUGUUUUCUCCUCUUUAUCAUUGUGGGCAAUUACUUCACUGCUGUCAUUUUUAUUAAAUGUUAGUUGCUUGGCAAUAAUUUCUGAAAUUAUCACAGAAGUAAUUUAUGCAGUAACGGUUAUGUUGUUAUAUGCCACUUUGUAGGUUUUACUUGGUUAAGAUUCAGUUAUAAUUUCUGAGGAAGUGUAUCUGAUAUCUCUUUGUCCAUGGAUCACUAAGUUGUGGUCACCUGACUUGGACACAUUAUUGCAUCUGUAACGUCAUAGCAUGAUGCUUAACCGUAAUACCAUGUCUGUCUUGUCCCUUCCUCAGCAUCAUGGAAGCUGUCUGAGAUUGAUCAGGGUCCUAUUCCCAGUCAUUUCCUUUGUUUUCAUACUGUAGGUGCAGACUUUGCUAAUAAUGUUUCCUUCAUUUUUACACUGUAGGUUUACACGUCUGCCUUUUGUUUUCCUGACUGAAUACCAGUUUGCCUCAUUUGUCUGUGGUACAUUUCCUUCAGUAUAGUCAAAGCUGCACUGGUGUGUACAUGUGUGAGCUCCAUGCAUUUGUCUGUGCUUAGGGAUGUAAAUAUAAAUACAGCUACAUAGCAAAGCCUGGGAGUGCAGACAACCUGGUGAGCAACUCCAGUUCCAUGAAGCAGGUGUCUGAGUAAGCUUUAUCCACACGGUUAUGCCAUCUGCAAGUGUAAGUGAAGGCAAUUGUGUAGUUUUAGUACUCUGAGAAUGAGGAGACCUUGCCAACUGACUGCUUCACAGAAUGCAGAGGGGCAGCAUCAUUUUGGCAAAGUCAUGAAUGCAGUUAUACUGUACAUCAACCGUAUUGGGGUCCAAGAGCACAAGCUUGUCUAUGUGAUGGGGUUUGUUUGUAUUUUCAGAAUUCAGAUAAGUACUCAGUUAUGAGUAAACAUCAGCAUUUUGCUUUUAAUAUAUCAUGCAAUUACAGUGUACCAAAUAUAGCAAAGAGGGGUUAGCAUUAAUUGUAAGUGCCUGCUUCCAUAGUGAAAGUCUGUAUUUAAAUGCAUAAAAAUAAAUAUAUUUAAUGAAUUUAAAGUGUAAGAAUAUUUUAAGAUUGAAAUUUGAAAUGAUUUUACUUUGUAUAGUUAGCAUGAAGUGCAUCUACAAGGUGUAUAUGGCUUGAUCUAUGCCAUGUCUUGCUGCAUUGGAGCAGAUACGUAAUAAAUUUAAUUACCACACCAAA